AUGGGCUACGACGUCACCCGGUUCCAGGGGGAAGUGGAUGAGGACCUGCUGUGCCCCAUCUGCAGUGGAGUCCUGGAGGAGCCCGUGCAGGCCCCUCACUGCGAGCACGCCUUCUGCAAUGCCUGCAUCACCCAGUGGUUCUCUCAGCAGCAGAUAUGCCCCGUGGACCGCAGCGUGGUGACACUGGCCCACCUGCGCCCCGUGCCCCGCAUCAUGCGCAACAUGCUAUCCAAGCUGCAGAUCACCUGCGACAACGCCGGCUUCGGCUGCAUCGCCGUGCUGCGCCUCGACCAGCUGCAGUCGCACCUCAGGGACUGCCAGCACAACCCCAAGAGGCCCUUCCAGUGCGAGCAGGGCUGCGGACUGGAGAUGCCUAAAGACGAGGUACCCAGCCACAACUGCAUCAAACAUCUGCGCAGCGUGGUGCAGCAACAGCAGGGCAAGGUCACCGACCUGGACAAGACUACUGCUGAACACAAGCACCAGCUAGCAGAGCAGAAACGGGACAUCCAGCUGUUGAAGGCGUACAUGAGAGCCAUCCGCAGUGCCAACCCCAACCUGCAGAACCUCGAGGAGACCAUUGAGUACAAUGAGAUCCUAGAGUGGGUGAACUCCCUCCAGCCAGCGCGUGUCACCCGCUGGGGCGGCAUGAUCUCGACACCAGACGCUGUCCUCCAGGCGGUCAUCAAGCGCUCGCUCAUCGACAGCGGCUGCCCGCCUUCCAUUGUCAACGACCUGAUCGAGAACGCCCACGAGAGGAACUGGCCCACCGGCCUGGCCACGCUGGAGACGCGGCAGAUGAACCGGCGCUACUAUGAGAAUUACGUGGCCAAGCGUAUCCCCGGGAAACAGGCAGUGGUGGUGAUGGCCUGUGAGAACCAGCAUAUGGGUGAGGACAUGAUCCUGGAGCCAGGCCUGGUCAUGAUCUUCGCCCACGGGGUGGAGGAGAUACUAUGA